AUGUCUGGGCAGUUUGAAGGAGGGGCAAGCCCUAGCAUCGCCCAAAGCCCAAGCCCCACCACCACCCCAACCACGACCCCUACCAGCGACCCCAGCUCCACCCUUAUCCCUACCAUUGAGAUUCCGCCCCCUCCUCCCUCAUUAGUUAUUCCUGCCCAUUCUCUCCACGGAAGUGACACACACAGCCAAUCAGAGGGGCUUCCGGAGGGCCCCGUGGAAUCCAGCCCCGACCCCGAUUCGUUCUCCGACUCCUACACCCACAUCAGCUCCUCCUCCUCCCACGAGCCCCCCAUCCCAGAGCUUCUGGGAGGUCUGGAGCUUACGGAGGAGGAUGAGGACGCAGACCGGCCCGGGUCCGAAGGGGAGGGCUCUGAGCAGGGGCCCUCUCAGCCAGGUUCCUCUGUAGAUCCCGAGGUGGGGGAGGAGAGAGGACCAGAGGACAGGGGGGUGAAGGGAGACGCUGAGGGGAGGAUGGGGACCCUCCUGGCCUCUCUGGAGCAGAUCGGGAGGAGGGAGGAGGAGGAAUCCGAAGAGGAGUUUCAGUUGCCCCGGAGAAACGACGACAGCGGCUUCUCUGUGAACAAGUGCAUCCUGGGAGCUGUUAUUCUGCUGGGUCUUGGUACUAUCUUCUUAUCAGACAGUAACUAUGCUCCAAGGGACCUCAGAGAAGCCGAGAAGCCGGUCAAACAGGAAUGGCCGAAACCAGAGGUCCCACAAGCAGCUGUGGACGAGGGGAUGGAUAUCCUGAAUAAGCUGGUCAAAGAAACCCAGCAGAUCGCUGCACUGCAAGCCAAGACUCAGGAAGAGGAGCUAAAUGCAGCCAGAGGACGGGCAGCCGAGGGAGCCCAGGAGCAGUUGAGGGGGAGCCAGAAGGAGGAGGAGGAGGAGGAGGAGGUGGUGGAGGAGGAAAAUGGUUUUGUCUAUUUUCCCCCUUUCCUUAUUUUCUCAGUCCAUGAAGCUGCGUUGCUGCAUCCUGUGAAAGCCACAACAGCGCCCCUUAGUGGCCAGGAAGGGGAGAGCAGUCCUGCUACAAGCAGCACAGAGGGACAAACAAAGAAACCCUCGCCUGUCGGGAGGGAGGGAGAGAAAACAGACUCCAGGGAGAGAGGUAAAACCGAAAGGAAAGACGAGGAGUGGAAGAAGCCCAACCAUGACCAGCAGGAGAGAAGCAAGGAGGUGAAGGGAAGGAAGAAGAAGGAAGAGGGGAGAGAGGGAAAGGAGCAAGGCCACAGAGGGGACAUACGGGAGCCCUGGAGGGAGCGAGGAGAUGGGAAGGAGUCGAGAGAAAAGGCGGAGAGGAACGCCCAGAAGGAGGAGAAAAAGUGGAAGAAUGGAAAGCAUGAGAAGUCCGAUAGUGACCGAGUCGAAGAACGAAAAGGUCAUGACAAGGAGAAGAAGAAAGAAAAGGAGAGAGGGGAUAGGAAGGAGUGGGUAGGAAGGGAGGAGGAGAGAAACAACCGGAAAGAGGAGAAUCAGUGGAAGAGAGGAAAGGAGGAGAAAGAGGGGAAAAAAGGAAAGGAUGAGAGAAAGGACCGCAAGGAGGAGAGAGAGUGGAGGAAGGGAAAGUCUGAGAAGUUAGAUAAUGAUCGUGAGAAGGAGUCAAGAGGUCGGGAGGAGAAGAAGUAUGGGACGGGAAGCAAGGAGCAUGGGAAGAGGACGCAGGAGAAGGAGGACUGGAAGGGCGAGAAGGAGUGGAAGAAGGGGAAGGAUGCGUACAAAGAGAGCAGCAAAGAAUGGAAGGAGAAGAAAGAAGGGAGGGAGAAGGGAGAGCAGAAGGACUGGAAGAAAGACACCAACCGUAGGAGUAAAGAUGACAAAGACCAGCGCAGGGAGAAGCAGGGGAGGGAGGAGAGGAGGAGUGGGGAGGGGGGGGAGGAGAGGAAACCUUGGGAGGGGAAGGAGGAGAGGAGGCGUGGGGAGGGGAAGGAGGCGAGGAGGCCUUGGGAGGGGAAAGAGGAGAGGAGGCAUGGGGAGAAAAGGGAGCGGCAUGAUGAGGGCAAGACCAAGAGAGAGGCAUGGAAGGAGGAGAGGAAGGAUGUCGAUGGAAAACAGGACAGGAAAAUAAAUUCUGGCCGGGAGGAAGACGUCGAUCAUAAGAAACAAGAACAGCAUCGCCACAACCAGCACCAUGAGGAGUCCCUCUGGCAAGCCCCUGGGGACGGCAGGCCCACCCACACCCGCCGCCGGCCCUCCUUCGGCCAGCCGGACUACUGGGUGCACCAGAGGCAACGGCUCCGGCGGAACAGGCUCCCAUUGCGCCACUGUGCCAGCGUGGAGGACUGUGCCCGGUUCGAGGGCACCCUCCCGGUCCAGCUGACUGAGUUUGAGGCCCUCCUGGAGGGGUACCUCGCCAAGGCAGAGCAGGGGGCUGGAGUGGACACCUCAGCCGGAGAGGAGAUCCGCACUCUGGCCGCAGAGUUCUUCAAGGACGGGGUGUUUGUGCACGACCAGAUGAGCUUCAGAGAUUACCUGGAGGACCUGGCUGAUAUUCUGGAAGAUAUGGUGGACGGAGACGAUAGCGAGGAGGACCAGGAAGAGGACGACAGCGACCUGGAGGAUGAGAUGGAGAUGUUUGGGAAAGAAGUGAUGAAAAAGUUUGCAGUGGAGCGGUCUUCAGAGAAGACCUCACAGCGGACGACAGGGAAGUCCAAGAAGGAGAACGCAAGGGGCCGUGGCUGAAGACUGGACUGGUGAGUCGUUGAUAGAACGGCAAGUUGGAAUGGUUUGGAAGGGAUUAUUAAACAAGGGGUAAUCAUCAAGGGUACAUUUUAUAUGGACCAUGGACCACAUAGAGCCACAUGCUUUCUCCAUCUAUUUAAAGCGUUUUAUUAAUCUCCGUGCCUUGGUAUGCUUUAAAUUCCCCUCGAGAGCACUUCAUGUAUUGACAUGCCAAGUAAUUACUGUUUUCACACACGUCUUAGAAAUGUUGAAGAGAAGGGGAGGAGCAUGAAGGAGCAUGAAGGGGUAGAGUGUACGGGGGAACUUAACAAUAGCAAUAAGUUUCUCUUACUUUGGUGUUUGUUUCUUGUCUUUUUUUUAUGCCAAGCCACAAUUUAAUCAGAACUAAUUUUAUCUCUUGAAAGCUGUACUAGUGAUGGAUGUCCGAAACCUGUGUUGUGAUUUAAUUCAACCCACUGAAAGUGUUGGUCCAUAUUGUCAGACAAACAAACAAAGGCUACAAAAAGGCCGUUGGUUGACUGGUCAUGUUCAGGCCUGAACAGUGUGUAAACUGGUGUGAUAGCCUGUUUAUAAUCUAACGUCACAUUCUUUAAAUGUAUUCUUCACUACCAACCAAUAAUUCUAAGGAAACCUGUCUGUUGUGAUUUAAUUCAACCCACUGAAAGCGUUGGUCCAUAUUGUCAGACAAACAAACAAAGGCUACAAAAAGGCCGUUGGUUGACUUGUCAUGUUCAGGCCUGGACAAUGUGUGAACUGGUGUGAUAACCUGUUUAUAACCUAACGUCACAUUCUUUAAAUGUAUUCUUCACUACCAACCAAUAAUUCUAAGGGACGUUUGUUACCUGCUCCUGUACAGCAGGUCCACUCGUGAGGUCUUAUUCACCCUUAACGGUGUCUGUGAGAUGUUCUUUAUGCCCACAAAUAGUUUUACUGAAGGGAACCUUGACUACUAUAUGAAAGUAAAAAGUAAAUGUAAUGUUUCAGUGAUUUUACAUGUUGCACUAAACCAACACAAGUGUAGAAUGCGGUACUAGCCCAUAAUAGUAAUAUAAAUAGGUAACUUAUUGAAUUCAGAUCAGCAUAAGAUGUUAAUAGAAAUGUGUGCAGUAUAAAAUAACCUGUGGAUCAUGUAUGAGAUCUUUUCAAUGCUGGAUUUGUACACUAAAAUGUCUUUAAUGUAGCGAUUGUGCCAUUAUUUAUAAGAGUAUGUCUUCUGUGCACUUUUAGUUUUAAAGCAAGCACACCUCCGUUGUUCCUGUCUACAAGGCUGCUUGACACAGCAUUUCAUGUCAUUUAAAGACCAUAGUUCACAAGAAAUGUUCUCAUCUUUGCAUCAAGGCAAGAACCAGUGUGUAUAUGGCAAGAUGACAGAUCACUCUUGAUGUUUGAAUGUUUCUUUUGGGGAGAUGAUUAAUAAAUAAACCGUUUUCCCCCAGUUAUGGAAAACUGAUAUGGUCAAAUUCUCUUUUUUGUUGUUGGUAUACACAGCAUUUAGCCAUACAACACUGCAGUUUAACCUUUGUGUCGUGUUCGUUUCUCUCCGUACUUUGGUGCUCCCGGUCAAAUUUGACCGACCUGUUUUAACUGUCCUUCCAA